AUGUUGGAGUGGGUCAUUAUUGCAGCUCUCGCCUGUGUAUCGAGCCUUUUUCUCAUUGACAUUUUGAAUACGAAGAAAACUGAAAUUAACGGAACUCAUGCUGUGGUAAGAUUUGAAACUGUUUCUGCAAAUUUCGACGGAAACUCUGGAAACGAGAAUGAACAGAUCGCAAAAGUUGAAUUUAUUGUGGUGAGUGUUUUGUCUUCUGUUUGUUUCAGGUUACUGGUGGGUCAAGUGGAAUUGGAAAGGCUUUAGCGAUAAAACUGGCCAAAUGUGGAGCCAACGUGACAAUUAUCGCUCGAAAUAUGGUAAGGUUUAUGUAUUUUUCGUCUUCGAUCAUAACUUGCGUUCACGUGGUCAAUCCAUGCUGAUCAUCAUAUGACUAGUGUACUCUCAGUUCGCGUCAGUAACGUGGGGUUUCUCAUAAGUAUAUAUUAUAGAGAGUGACAUCGGAAAAUAAAUAAUUGGUUACGUUCCUAUCAUGAUACCAAAUGCUACAGGAAAUUUAGCUCAGCCCAGACACUGCACCCCUCCAGAGGACCACACCCCAUCCCUCUCAAGAACAACUUUUCAUUACAGGCUUAGCUGCAUUAGUGACAAAACGAUUGAGACACCUAUUUUUCUGAAUUUUGGGUUAGUUGUACCUCUCACCCUUUAGAUUCUACCCCAGUCACCCUAAUUCGCAAAUGAUGUGCUGUCUGUCUAUCACCAAGAGUUUUUUUUUUCUUUCUAAACAUUGAAUAGAGCAAGGGGUAAGGUAUACAAGAAGCAGUUGUUGUGGAAAAAAGGAUGGAAAGAUGAUUGUUUUUACAACUGUCUUUUAUUCAAGAAAUUCUUUAUCCUCUCUUGUUGCUUAUUGUAGAGGGGGGUAGGGUGGGUGAAGGGUGUGUAUAUCACCUCUCUCUAACGUGAAAGAGUGGAAACAAAUUUAUUGACCCUUUAACCCCUAAGGGUGACUAGCAUCUAAUUUUUCCUUACAAUAUCACCCCUGAAUCCCUCAUCAAAGUCAAUUAAGAAAAAAGAAAAUGACCACUAACAAAAAAAGCUCUUGAUUGUUAAACAAAUUCUCUAUGUCAGCACCCUUGGAAAUGUAUGGAGAACAGUAUAGAGAAUAUGCAUACUGAUGUUAGGGUGGAAAGGGUCAAGGUUACCAACUUGCUAUACCCCCUAAUACCUCUAAAAUGCUAGUUGAGGGACCUAUUUUGGAAAUCAUCCCUUGUUUCAGGCUAAAUUAUAUUCCAGGAGUUAUAAUGCAUGUCAAUGAUUAAUAUCCUGGUGGUGCUCCAUCACUUGCAACUGGAUGGCAGGAAGAAAUUAAGAAUUUCCCAGUGGGAGGUGGGGGGGGGAAGCCUUGAUCUUCCUUGGAUCUAAAAGAACUUAUGAGGCCCUCAGAGCUACCCAGUUGCUUAGAUAAACUACCUAUCUUGGCUAUAUCCUGGCAAUUCUGUACUUUCUCCAAAAUUAAUGUGAAUGUUUUGUGAACUUGUUUCUCUACUCUAAAAUCUUGAUUUCUCUGUUACUGAUUGAUGAGAGUGUAACUAUUUAUUUUGAAUUACUUCCCAUUCCAGAGUAGACUAGAGGAAACAUUAAAAGAAGUGAAGAAACAUCUAGCUCCAGAGAGGAAGGUACAAUAAUCUUUCCACUUGCUAGAAUUAAUCUCUAAUUUGGAAGACUUGCUUUGUGUGUCAGAUGCUGAUGAACAUAUCACUUGAACUUUUUUUAACUGCUUUAUUCAUGAAAGUCUGUACUCCAAUUCAGGUCUUAGCUUUGUCUGUAGAUCUUACUACUAAUGCAGAAGAUGUAGAGAAUACUUUAGAUCAGGUAGGUGCAUCCUCUUUCAGAUAAAAGAAAAAAAUAUAACAUUAAAAUAAAUGACUUUUCUCAUAGACUACUUUUCUUCUUUUAAACUACUGGUAGGUUACCUUGACUCUCAGAGACAUGGGAUACAUUUGCAUUCUGAUAUUAUUUGUGUCUAUGAAUAAACACAGAACAGACACUUCCCUUAAUCUCUAUUUAAUAUUGAACCAAUUCAACAAUUGAAAAAUUUCUAUUAAAAAGAUGUUGCUGUUAUUACUUCAAAAUAAUGAUGAUUUGCUUGAAAAGUUGAAGUGAUUCAACUGUGGCUGCCCAAUAAUCAUGUUCAUCUUAACCCUUUACCCCCUCAUAUCAGUAUCCAUAUUCUCCAUACUAUUCACUAUAUACAUUUCCCAGGGUGCUAACAAAGAGAAUUUGUUUAACAGGAGCUGUUCUAGUUGGUGAUCAUUUCCUCUCUUCUCAUGACCUUAACGUUUGAUUCAAGGGUGAUAUUGUAAGGAGAAAUUAGAUGCUAGACACUCUGAGGGGUCAAAGGGUGAAAUGUGACAUUAACAUUGCACCAACCCUGAUUGAACGCUUUGUUUGAAAAUUAUGACAGACUGGUCAAAAUUUCAUCUGCGAAAUAUAUUGAAUCUUACUAAUUUAUGUUUAUCUUAGUAAUAUAUAACGGGUUACAUAGUGUUUUUGAAUAAUCUGGUUUUAAAGAAACUGCAUCAAAUAUAACAACUCCUCUCCUUCAUUGGCACAAAAAUCUAUUGCAAUCAUUUUCCAAUGCCUGUAAUAAGUUAUCAGAAGUAUAACUUUUUUUUCUAGACAUAUUGUUAUAUAUAUUUUAAAUAGUCGUGAUCAGAUGCAAGGUAGACAUAAUGAAUUUUCUUGUUUGUUGGUUUGUUUUUGUUUUGCAGGCAUCUGAAGCCUUAGGCCCAAUAGACAUUCUUAUCAACUGUGCUGGCUUUGCAGUCUGUGGCUUGUUUGAAGAAACUUCAAUUGAGGAUUUUAAGGUUGAAUUUGAGACUAAAGUUUAUCAUCAAAUUGUUGUCUGAGAUGUGAUUUUCAAAAACAGAAGAAAAGCAUUGUUUGACAGCUUUUAUUACGAAACCAUAUCUUACCUUCGGACACACCAUUAUAUGCACACAAAAAUUUGCACCACCAUUGAAUGUCUUUACAAAAUUCCAAAUUGAGAUUAAUAUGGUGCUUGAUGGUUUCCCACAACAUUUCCUUCUUUCAAUUUGAAGACUUAAAGAUGUUAAAACCAGCAAAGGUUUGCUGAAUUUCAGCAUAUAUCUAGUAAUUUGAAAAAAAGUAUAUUUAUUUUUCUACUUUUAGUAAUGAAUACCUUUGUACACAAGGUAGUAAAAGUAACCUAACUUUCCCCUUAUAUAAUUGGUGUCUCAGUUACAGAGGCAGGAACUUUUUAUUCUUUUGCACAUUUUCUACAAGGGUUAUGACAGUUUAUUAAAGAAAAAAACAAAACUUAAAAAUGUGUAAAAUUCUGUAAAAUCUUACAGGCAAUGAUAAACACUAACUAUUUGGCUAGUGUGUUCACAAGUCAUGCUGUCAUAAAAAGGAUGAAGCAGCGGAGAAAAGGUCACCUUGUGUUUGUAUCGUCAAUAGGAGGGCAGGUAAGUAGGGUAGGGUUCUAGUUGUAAGUUGUGGCAAUUUCAUGAUGGUCAAAUACUUCACAGCUCCCUCUUUGUUGAAAGCUGUCUGGUGCAAUUGAGACAUUUCUAAUUAAAGUAACACCAUAACUUGAUACUAGCCACUGGCUACAAUUAUAGACUGAGCUAACUUUAUAUUAAAAUUUAAAAGCUUCUAGUCUAAAAUAAAUUACUGUCUUUCAUUAAGUAAUUUUACUCACAGAGAUUUGUGUUCACACCUGAUCAAUGUCUUACUUGGGCUUGACUUCCACCACUCUCUUGUGUCUGGUCUCCUCUUCUCCAUGUGGUUUUGGGGGGAAGGAGCGUGGGCUCAUGUUCCUGAACAAUGGCUGGUAAUCGAGCCUAUGUCUUACUUUAAAAGGAAGGGAAAUUUUGAAUCAGGAAAUUUGCUUCUUCGUGUGCAUGAUUAUUUGAUUUGAUUUUGUCUUGGUGUUUUUCAGUUUGGUAUAUUUGGAUUUACAGCUUAUUCACCUUCAAAGUUUGCAGUUAGGGGUUUUGCAGAAACAUUGUUCAUGGAGGUAUCUAAAUCCUUGGUUCUUUUCACCAAGGCAUGCCUCUUGUUAAUAACUGUCAAUAUGAAUUAAUUAUUCUAUGAUUAAUUGCUUAUGAAAUGGGUAUAACUACAGGCAUAUAACUGUUAGAGGUAAAUGCAUUUGCCUCCAGGUCAUGGAACUCUGGAUCAUACAAGGGUUGAGUUCCAGACUCUACUAUAGUUUUACUGUGAUCAUAAGCAAGACAGUGUACUCUCACAGGGAUAAUUUUUCUUUCCUAGAGUAUACUAGAUGGGUAAUGGCAGUUAAACUUGACAAAAUACCAUUACUUAUAGUGCUGCUGAAGCAACAGAGCUGAAAAAUUUCCUGCAGCGCUUAUAGGUCAUGUUGGCUUAGUAUGUAAAACAUGUUUGAGCUGAUGUGUGGGAGUUUAUUGAAGAUUUUGUGUAAAUCUUCUGAUUUUAGCGAUCUGUUUUCCUUUGUGCUGGUUUGAUGAUGCCCUCAGCUUAUGACUCAAAAAAGUUACUUCCUCUCUUUUUUUUUGUUUUUUUGUUUUUGUUUUUUUUUCCCAAGCUAAAGGGCAGAACAUAGAUUUUGUACUUGCAGCAGAUUGGCACUAGGUAAAUCUUGGAGAAAUUUAACCUCCCUUCAAACUCUUAUAUAUUUUGGUAGGUGAAGCCUUAUGAUAUUGCUGUCUCUGUGGCUUUUCCACCAGACACAGACACACCAGGGUUUGAAAAUGAGAAUAAAAACAAGGUAAAAAAGCAGAAACUGACCAAAGAGUGUUGAUUCAGCAUACUUGGGUGCUAUAGCCAAUAUGUCUGGGAGCUUAACUGAAUAUUUUUGAAUAUGUUUUCUGUCAAUUUUAUCAUUGAUUGAAAUGAAUUUUUUUUUCAUAUUAAGGAAACUAAAGGCUAUGAAUAACUUAACAACAUAACCUUCCUAUUGCAUUUCAGCCUGAAGAAACCCAUCUAAUAAGUAGCUCAGGAGGUCUUUUUACUCCAGAACAAGUUGCAAGUAACAUAGUUGUAGGGAUCAAGGUAUAUAAACACGUUACAUAGUUGUGGAGGGUAAUUCGCUACAGGUCGUUUCCUUUAAAGACCAGACAUCUGGGGAAUGUAGGAUUUUGGGGGGGAUCACAUGGUUGUCAGGGGCACCGGAAGGGGGAUCAGUCGUCGUCGACAGAGUAUAAAGGGAGGGGACGGUGGACAAUUGAAUGUCAAUGAGGGGGAUCAUACGAAUAUUACAGAGCUUUAGAAUGUAACUUUUAUUGUGACUCAAUCAAAAUACUCAGAACCCCUCAGGCGAUGAGUAAUGAUCGUUUCCUUGCUGUUUAGUGAGUUGCAAGACGGUACCACCUUAGCUAUAUCGUCUUGAAUUCUUGCUUAUUUAUUUUCCCUCUAAUACAAUCGUAAUUGCAUUCAAGGUCAUUAAUUAUCCCGUGGGACGGUUAACUUAGUCUUUGCCGCUCUGAAGAGCGGGGUCGCCUAACGCUUUAUUGUUAGAAUUCUUGCUGUUCUUUGGUCCACUAUUAAUUCUCGGUGCUUUAAGACGAAAAUGGUUAAAAUUGCCAAAAACUUGGGUAGGCGAUAAAUUAUUCCAUGGAAUUGCUUUAAAGUCUGUCAAGAUGUUUUGUCGGUUUAUUGUCACAUCGAGUGGCAAAUCUCAAACAGGUUGUGAUAUUCGUUUUUUGUUGUCAUUCAGGACAGACGAUUCAUGAUAUCAUGUGGCUUUGAUGGAUACGUAGUGAGCACGUUGACAGCAGGUUUGGCUCCGAUCUCAUCGUUAAUGGAGCUACUAACACAAGUACGUUGCUUCCCUACAAAGGUGAUAGGUGACGUCGCCCCAUUGCACGGUCGCCCCUAGUUCCGUAGCCCUCAUGGAAAGCUCCGAUGUCUCGAAAUACGGUCGGGUCGACCCAAACUUGAAGCUGUGUCGCCCCCAACUACUGGCCUCAGUUUAUUUAAAGGUUUAAUGGUUCUUUUAAAGCUUGUAGGUCCGACGGCCCUAGUAUCAAAACCUUCAACCAACCAUCUCAAUGUUGCGACGGAACUUCACUUGAGGGCGACGGAACUGGAAGCGACCGUUCAAGGAGGCGAUGUCAUCUGCAUCCUUUAAAAACACCUCUUACAAAUAAUUACGUUCAGGAUGAUCAACUCCUUUGUGAUGUUAGAGUAGGAAAAGAAAAUGUAUGUUAGUAACUAAAAGCCGUUUUAUAACAUGGUUAGUCAAUUGGUGUAAUCUCAUUCAACAGCGCGACCGUGCUUCAUAUUCUCGAUGCGCACGAUACUGAGCGGUGGGAUUUGAUUAAGUAUGUUGAUUUUGAUCUUCUCUCUCCUCGCAGGUUAUUCUGAUGGGACCACUCAGAUUUGUGCUGGCAUUCUAUCUGUAUUAUUAUGAUCGUAUUGUGUUUAAAGGGAUGCAAAAGAGGGAACAAAGCAAAAAGACAGAGUAGAGGCGAGACCUUACCCUGUCACUGGUCAAAGUAAAUGCAUAUUUGAAAUACCGGCCGAUAACAGCAUACCAGCUCAAGUGAGUGGAGGCGUUUUCCAGGGUCGGCUGAAGACGCCAUGGAACGAGAACUAAUAAUUUUUUUCGAAAGUCAAAAUAUUUUCAAGACUGAAAUCGUUAUAAUUGAUCGCCAAUUUUAUUUAAAAGUUUCGAUUCGCACCAAUAAAGGUACAGGAAUUUUAAUUGCUUCCUCGGGGCUUUGUUUCUACUGUGUAUGACACAUCCAAAGUUUCUUCUACUUUGUACGUUUAAGCGAUGAACACGUUGAUUUUCGAACUUAGACCAUUUCUUUUGGUAGACUCUCAUUGCGUCGUAAAAGGUUAAGCCAGAGGUUCUCUCUGUUGAGUUCGAUAACGUAGUUCUAUCUAUGUGCACUGUUUUUUAUUAUCCAUGCAUCGGCCAAUGUAAUUACAUAUUUUGUAUACUUAUAUAUAUUCAUUCAUUUCCUUAUGGUUUAUUCUUGAACUGUCUAAUUUAUUUGUAUAUAUAUUUGAUUAUUUAUUUAUUAACCUAUUCCAUGAAGAUAUGUUUUUUUUUUCUUUUUCUCCUUUUGGCAACACAAUAAGCGAACAUAGCAAGCAGACACGUUACACCAACGACAAACAAAAGCCUUUCCACUUCAGCACACUGCAUGUGGAGCAAUCCUAGUCUCCAGCAAUUAUGUCUGAGAAUGAUAUGCUUAGAUGCUGCAUACUCGAGCUGAGUCAGACAAAAUGAGCUGCUCAUUUUAUCUGAAUUGCCUCGUUUUUCCCGCACGGCCGAGUUUAUCUUAAUAUUUUCAGCUCCUGGAUCUUCAAGGAUGUAGAUCGUGGUGUUAAUAAGCAUAAUUUUAGCAUAUAAAUGCUUUUUAUUUCGUAGCUUCGCAAUGGGAAAGGAAGCCAACCUAGAUUUUUAGGGAAAAGGUGGUAAGGGAGUAAGAAUGUAAGUCGUUGGGUAGGGU